AUGCCGUUCACGGACCCCGCCGCGCGCGGCGUGGUACAAGACAUCAUCGAUGGUUUCUACCCGUACCAGCUCCGGGAGGACUUCCCCGAGGGCGCGCACCUGGUGCUGCUGGACAAGGCUGGCAUGACGUACGUUCCGACGUCCGCGAGGGGCGAGGGUGCCGGUGCGGGGGGCGCUGCAGGGGCGCCGCAGCAGGCGGGCAACGUGCACGGCAUGGCGUCGCUCGGGCAGCCCAAGGACGGGCCGCGGACGAAGGAGGAGUACCUGAAGAAGCUGCCGGAGACGGUCAUCAAGAACGGGAAGAUCGUGGAGCUGCGCAAGGGCAUCUCGGACUUCAUUUCUGGGCGCGACGGCGGCGGCAACGCCGGCCGGCCCCCGCGGGACGCCGCGUCGCAGAAAGACGCCCGCAGCGGUCCGCACGCCGCGGGAGGCCCGCUGGCGACGUCCGCGAUCGACCGGCUCCUGAAGCGCGGGCCGUCGAGCAAAGCAGUCACUUCACAACUCCUGGUGGGGCAGCACAAGAGCGCGGGACCGUCGCGGUCGCCGAGCGUGCGCGGGUCCCUGAACGAGAAGGCGGCGUCGGCGGUGGAGGUCUGCGCGGAGAGCGACCACAGCGACGAGCCGUGCGCGACGUUGCAGAUCAAGGCGGAGGACGGGCGGAUGCACGUGCUGAAGAUGGCGGCGACGGCAACGAUCGGGCAGCUGCGGAGCAAGCUGGACAUUCUGCGCGUGCCGCAGGGGCCGUACGAGAUCCGCUCGGCGUUCCCGCCGCGGGCGUACAGCGACUUGGCAGAGACGCUGGAGGCGGCGGGGCUGGUGCCGAACGCGACGCUGUUCGCGCGGGCGACGCGGAGCUAG